AUGGCUUCGGCAACCAGCACCGCCUCAGGCACGGAGGACGGUGGCCGCAGGAAGCCCCGUCUGGCGGCGUCGUUGCAAAUCAACCCCAGGCCCAGACCCUGGCGGCCCACCGCCAGCCUGGGCCAAGAUCCCUGGGAGCCCGUUGUCACCCCCAACGCGGAGAACGACGAGGGGGGCGGGCAGCCUCAGGCCUCGGCAGCAGGGGACGGUGGGCCCGGGGAGGGGGCCGGACUCGGGGAUCUGGGGGCAGCCCGGGCCCGGGAAGAGUUGGGGGGACAGAUGGGGACGUCCCCGAGGGUCUCUGUCCCGCCCGCAGGGCCUGCCGGGGACCUCCCGACGGCGGCCAGGCAGCUGGGCCUGCCGCUCAAGGACCCGCCGCAGGGCCAGGCCGUGGCCUCGCUCGCGCAGUAUGCAGCCAGCCUGGGCGUCUCCCCGAUCUUCCGAGAGGACCAGACAGCAGACCCGUGCCUUCCCUUCUCUGUGCACGCCGAGCUGGAUGGGCUGCUCGGCCCCGCGGGCAAUGCCGGCAGCAAGUCCGAGGCCAGGCAGCAGGCGGCGCUCUCUGCCCUCCACUACAUCCAGAGUCAGCUGGGGAGCCCAGAGCCUCCAAAGACCCCUAGCAAGCCUCCAGUCACCCCUCUGAGUGUAGAGAACAUCCUGACCCACGAGCAGCGCUGUGCGGCCGUGGUCAGCGCUGGCUUUGACCGUCUGGUGGACCAGACCUCACCGUACAGGGCCUGUAAGGGGACCGUGGCUGCCAUCAUCUUGGAGAGAGAGGUCCCAGGCGCCAGGGGCCACGCCAAGGAGAUCUAUGAGCUGGUGGCGCUGGGCACAGGCAGCAGUAGCUGUGCCCGCUGGCUAGACUUCUCCGGGCGGCAGCUCCACGACUGCCACGGGCUGGUCGUGGCCCGCAGGGCGCUGCUCAGGUUCUUGUACCGCCAGCUCCUGUUGGUGACCCAGGGUGGCCCCAAGGGCAAGGAACGGUCGGUGCUGACCCCCCAGCCUGGGUCUGGGCCCCCCUUUGCCCUCAAGCCCCGGAUCUUCCUGCAUCUCUAUGUCAGCAACACCCCGCAGGGAGCUGCUCAUGAUGUCUACCUCCCACCAAGCUCCGAGGGCAGCCUCCUGCAGAGCCCGCCCUCCCGCCUGCAGGCCCAUGUCCGUGGGGAGCUGAAGCCUGUGUGCUACGUGGCCCCCGCGCUCCGGGACACCCACGUGGGCUGCCUCUCGGCCAGUGACAAGCUGGCUCGCUGGGCUGUGCUGGGCCUGGGUGGUGCCCUCCUCGCCCACUUUCUGCCUCCCCUCUAUGCCACCAGCCUGGUCCUGGCCGACCCCUGCCAUGACCCCCCAACUCUGAACAGGGCCAUCCACACUCGGCCCAACCUAGACAGGGGGCCCUGCCUGCCACCCCCCUAUGCCCGUACCACGUUGCACCUGUUUGCGGGGCCUGCUGUGGCCCCCUUGGAUCCUACCCCCAACACCUGCCAUGGCCUGAGCCUCAACUGGAGCCUGGGGGACACCGAUGUCGAGGUCGUGGACGUGGCCACUGGGCGUGUGAAGGCCGAUGCUGGCCUCGGGCCCCCCUCCCGCCUCUGCAAGGCAGCCUUUCUCCGGGCCUUCCGCCAGGCUGCCAAAGCUCUCGGGAAGUCCCACCUCCUGGCCUUGAAGACCUACGAGGCAGCCAAGGCCGGACCCUACCAGGAUGCUCGCAGGCAGCUGUCCCUCCUCCUGGACCAGCAGGGCCUGGGGGCUUGGCCCUCGAAACCACUGGUGGGCAAAUUCAGAGGCUGA